ACAAACAUGGCGGCUUCUUCGUUCCAGUCUAUGAGAAAUUUUUGGAAAGAAUUUUCUCUUCCAGAUCUUCAGAAAUCCUUAGACACAACUGCAGCAGAGCUAGCAGAUCGCCAAGAUGAAUCAGACACAUCGAGAAAAAAGCUCGUUGAGCUCAGUCGUGAUUUUAAAAAGAAUACUCCGGAGGAUACCAGGAAAAAGAUGGCACCACUCUUGAAGAGCUUUCAAGCUGAGAUUGAUGCUCUUUCAAAAAGGAGCAAAGCAUCAGAAACUGCUUUUCUCUCAAUCUACAAGAAACUUGUGGAUGUCCCAGAUCCUUUACCAAUACUUGAACAGGCUGUUAUUCAGCAACAAAAAGUAUCCAAACUUCAGGAUUAUGAAAUUGAAAAUAAACAACUCAGGGAAACCCUCGAAGAAUAUAACUCAGAAUUUGCAGAAGUGAAAAAUCAAGAGGUAACUAUAAACAGACUAAAGGAAAAACUGAGAGAGUAUGAGGACAAGAUGGAAGAAAGAGUUCAGGCAAGAGCUAAGGAGAAGGAAAAAGACAUGCAGAAGAUGUUUUCUGACAAAGAAAGGACCUUGCAAGAAACUCAGGUUUCUGUUGCAAAGAAACUUGGUGAAGCUGAGCAUAAAGCUGCAACUCUCCAGGCUGCAUUGGAUAGUACUCAGUCAGAACUGUUUGAUGUGAAAGCCAAGUUUGACGAAGUUGCUGCUGCAAGGUCUUCAGAAAUUGAAAUACUAGAAGCUGAUGUAGAAAGAGCAAAUCAGAGAGCAUUGAGUGCUGAGAGGCAAGUUGAAUCUCUGCGAGAAGAGCUUAUAGCAGCACAGAAUGCCCUACAGAAUUCAGGCAAUGAACAAAGGCCAAACAUGUCUGAGACCAUUGAUGCAAUUUCACGUUCAAGCUUGGAACAUGAGUUAGCAGCCAAGGAGAGACAGAUAUCUCAGUUAGUGAGUGAUGUACAACAAUCACAAGUGAUACAGAACAGAUUAAAAGAAUCAACUGCAAAUGAGAUUGCCAGACUAGAAGACCAACUUGCUAGCAAGACAAAAGCCCUCCAACAAUUGGAGGAAAAACUUGAUGAACAGGGUAACUAUGAAGAGAUCAAGAGAGAACUGAACAUUUUGAAAUCAAUUGAGUUCUCAACAAGCGAGGAGAGCAGAGAUGCGGAAAAGAUGGACUCCACUCCGAAAUCUCUAGAGAUGCUUCUUCUUGAUAAGAAUAAAAGACUUCAAUCUGAAAACACAAGUUUAAAGGUUGAAAACGUCGAUUUGACAGGUCGUUAUUCUGAACUUCAUGUACAAUACAACGAAGCGGUGAACACAGUGAAGGAACAGAAGGAGCUCAUUACUCAGCUAGAAACGGAUCUCCUGAGUGUGAACGCUCUUCCAUCAGCAUUCCGUGGUCAGGGAGAGGGUGAGGCAGGGCCUCCUACUGAGACAGAACUUGUAUCUAAUGCAGUUCAGCAGGCUGUAGCACCGGCAGGUGUAACCAGUGAGAAUGUAGCAACGGAAUCCCUUCUUCCUAUCGUGGCCAGCCAGAGAGAAAGAUUUAAAAUCCGUAAUAUGGAAUUAGAAGCGCAACUACGCCAUAACCAGCAACAGAUCAGUGUGUUGCAAAAUGAAGUGGACACCUUGAGGUCAGAUAACGUGAAGUUGUACGAGAAAAUCAAGUUCCUUCAAAGCUACCCAACGAAGAGCUCAGGGGGCCGAGAAGAAGAAGCAACAGUCAGCAGAUACUCGUCACAAUAUGAACAAAGAUUGGAUCCAUUUUCAGCCUUUAAUCAACGGGAGAAACAACAGCGAUACCUGGGGCUUAGUCCGCAUGAAAAAGUUACUCUUAACCUGGGUCGGUUUAUCAUGUCAAACAAAUUUGCCAGAACCUUCGUAUUUUUCUACACAUUGCUUGUACACUUAAUGAUAUUUCUGGUUCUUUACAAGCUUGCGUACACAGAAUCUUGUAAGCGUGACAUUGCGUCUGAGUGCGCCAAAAGGUUCGCUGAACACAUGCACGAAGUCCACGGACAAUGAAUUAGGAAGAGAACUCAGCCAGUAAACAGGGCUGCACGCGUUGGUACGGACUGAACAACUUCGGUGAGGAAAAACAAAGAAAUAAAAAACAAACAUAGGGUUUUUAAAAGACUUGCUCUUGUAAAUUGGACGAUAUUUCUAUCGGUGAUGGGGGAUCGCUGUCCUGCUACACAACGAGGAAACUUCAGCGGCGUUCGUCGUAACGUAUACGCAUGAAGAAUUGCCGGCUCUAGGAUUAGUUUUGUGAAGUAGAUUAUUAACAUUUUUGUCACUGCCCUCUUGUAAAAAGGCUAAUCUAAGAGGGGAAUCUUUCUCUUUGUUCGGAAUGGAUUAGAAGAAAGCGAGUAUAGGUUCAAAUGAAGAAAGUUUAAAAGAAUUUAAUUAAAAAACAUAGGUAGAAAUAUUUUAUCAAUCCUCUUGUCUUCCAUCAAUAUCAUUGGCUCAGAUAGAAACAAAAGUGGGGUAUCUCAUAUCAAACGAGGAGAGGAGAUGCCAUUAACUGAGGCUCUCUGAUAUGUUCAUGUUAAACUCCCUGAUGCGAUACUGGUUAAGAUUGUCAUUUUAAAUAAUGCCCUCGAUUGGCUCAAACUAGAAACUUCAAAUGAUGAACAAAACUCUAGCUUGUUAUUAAGUCAGCAAAUGACGGGAUGAGUAAAUUAAUCAUAAGAAAUUUAUGUACCAUAAGAAAUCCAGCUGUAAUGACAGGAGCUCCUUAAUGCAGAGGGUGGGGUGGAUAGGAAAUCGAUUUUAGCGCAUCCAAUCGCAUGAUUUAGAUAUUUUCUUCAAGGAGCAAUUGAAAACUGUCCGCGAAAGAGGCAGUGACUUCUAAUUCUUUUAUCCUUAAUUUCACCACCAAAAUCCCAACAGAACGUCCACUCAAAUUUUACCAGUUCACAU